AUGCACGACGAAAUCAUGCGUGGAAGCUCCAAGAUCUCCCAUAGUGAGGCUGGUGGUAUGCCUGUUUUAACACAGGUCCCUACUUCGGUGACCCUUUCUGCUGAACAGUUUGAGAGGCUUUACCUGAGUCCUAUGAUGCAUCGUCAGCCGACCUUGGCAAAGAAUUUGGGAAAUCCUACACCAUUGGGUGUUGGAGCUUUUGUGCUCACAGCCACGCCACUUGCGUGUUGCUUGAUGGGAUGGAGAGGUGCAGGCGGAGGUGGUGCGGCAUUCAGCGGGGUUCUCAUAUUGUUGGGUGGGCUCUUGCUGGUCCUUUCCAGUAUCCUUGAAUUUAUCCUCGGAAACACAUUCUCCUCGGUUGUGUUUGGUGGAUUCUGUUUGGCUUUCGGUGCCACUAUGACUCCAGCAUUCAACUCUGCCGCUCCAUAUUCUGCAGACGGGACCAAUACCUUGGCAGGUCUUCACGGCGCGGGCUUUGUGGACACAUUUGUUUGUGCCACUCGCACCAACUUAGUAUUUGUUCUCAAAUUCACUUCCCUGGUUUUCGUGUUUUCCCUCUUGGCAGCCGCAUAUUGGAAACUGGGUCUCGAGGAUGAAGCAGCAGCUAAUCGGUUAACCGUGGGCGCUGGCGUCGCGUUAUUUGUGGCCACGAUGCUAGGAUUCUAUCUAUUGACAGCGCAACUGCUUGACUCGGUGGGCUUCCCUCUCUCUUUGCCAGUUGGAGAUCUGAGUGGGGUGUGGAAUCGCAGGAGCCAACGGAACACCACGGAUCCCGAGCUCGCUACCGAUGUCGAUGGCAAGUUCUGA